CUCUGCUCUGCUCGGCUCGCUCUAGCUACUUACUGCUGGUCGCAAGUUCCCCCCCUUCUCCCUAAUUUAUUUCUUGAUUACUAUUCUCCGACCCGCCCUCAUUCCUGAGCUGUCGGACCUUCCCAUUCCCUCUGUUUGGGGCCAUACCUCUCCUCCUGGUGGCUUUUAGUGAUACCUUGCCCCCCGGUUUUCUCGUUCCCCUCAGAAGAGCUGCUGCCGCCUUGGCCAUCCAUGCCCGUGCUGUCUUCCACCUAAGUUGACGGCCGCCUGUUGCUUCCCUCCCCUCGCUGGAUUUCCAAUCAACUAUUCAGCGCACAGUGUAUCUACCGAAGGGAGGCCAGCUCCUCCUGAGCUAUAAUCAUGGCUGACAACGCUCGCAACCCCGGCCUCAACCUGACCCCUGAGGAGAAAAGGGUCUUCUAUCAACUCUUCCAGGCCGCCGAUACCACCAACCUCGGCGUCAUCACAGGCGAAGUCGCUGUUCCUUUCUUCGAGAAGACCCAGCUAGCCCCGGAAACCCUCGGCUUGAUAUGGCAGAUUGCAGACAGGGAGAAUCGGGGUCUUUUGACCCCGUCUGGGUUUGGGGUCGUCAUGCGACUGAUUGGACACGCCCAAGCAGGUCGCGCACCGACCGAGGAACUGGCUUUUCAACCUGGACCGUUGCCCAAGUUCGAUGGUCUCGUUCUCGAUGCCACCCCAGCUCCGCGUGAAGCGGGCACCACCAGCCCUACACCGGGUGCAGGUGCGCCUAUCCGUGUUCCUCCUCUGAAUCCGGACGACGUGAACAAAUUCCUCUCGUUGUUCGAGAAAUCGGAUGUGUCCAAAAGCGGGGUACUUCCAGGUGAGACAGCCAAGCAGAUUUUCGAGCGUGCACGGUUACCAAAUGAGAUCCUCGGUCGAAUCUGGAACCUGGCGGAUAGGAGACAACAGGGUGCUCUCGAUGCCACUGAAUUCGUCGUUGCGAUGCAUCUCCUGACGUCCUACAAGUCCGGCGCGAUGAGGGGACUGCCCCAGACUCUGCCACCCGCCCUAUACGAUGCUGCGGCACGGAGAGGCUCUCUCCGCUCGUCGGUGGGCUCGCGCCAGGGCCUUGAAGUUCCUCCGGUACCUGCGAUUCCGAAGCAAUUCACGGGACCCAAGCGCACUCAGAGCCCGAUCAGCAGACAACCGUUCGGCUCCCCUCUUUCCGCCCAGUCAACUGGCAGUGAUUGGCUUGUCUCGCCUCAAGAGAAGGCCAUGUUCGACAAUAUCUUUGCAACCGUUGAUACGGCCAGGGCAGGAUCAAUUAGUGGUGACCAGGCCGUCUCGUUCUUCAUGGGUGCACAGUUGCCCGAAGAAACACUGGCCCAGAUCUGGGACCUCGCGGAUAUAGAUGCCGACGGAAUGUUGACGAAGGAUGAAUUCGCUGUGGCCAUGUAUCUGGUCCGCCUAACGCGCAGCGGAAAGGAAUCGCUGCCUCAGACAUUGCCCCCCGCCUUGAUUCCUCCUAGCAUGCGCCGUCCUGGAUCUUCACAUUUUGGCCCAGCAGCUCCCGCUCCGGUCCAAGCGCCAGCGCCGGCUCCAGCUCCAGCUCCCGCCCCAUUUCCUGCUCCACGCUCGGCGGCCGAUGAUUUGUUUGGCCUGGAUGCGCUCUCCGCGCCGGCACCGGCACCAGCACCGUUGGCUGCUCCUUCCCAGAUUCCGCAGUCCACGGGGGGCUCCAAUGCCGCCUUCCAGACACCUGGCUCCCCAGGGUCAAGGGCAUCCCCGCAAGCUGCCUCCACGACCUUCAAGCCUUUUGUGCCAACUUCCACCUUUGGACAGAGCUUACAGCCACAGAUGACUGGCGCUUCGUCUGUGGUCCCGCCGACCGUCCGGUCACCCCCACCUCCGUCCGAUGAUCUUCUAGGUGACAAUGACCCCGAAGAGUCAAAGAAAUUGACACAAGAGACCACAGAGCUUGCCAACCUGUCAAACCAGAUUGGUUCAUUGGCUACGGAGAUGCAGAACGUUCAGACUAAGCGGGCAUCUGCCGAGCACGGCCUGUCUCAAACCUCACAACAAAAGAGGGACUUCGAGGCUCGUCUCGCUCAAGCUCGCUCGAUGUAUGAGCAAGAAGUGAAGAACUUCAAGGCCCUUGAAGAGCGACUAAAUGCUUCGAGAGCUGAAACCACCAAACUCCAGCAGGAAUUUGCGUUGAUCGACGGAAGCCGGCAGGAUCUGCAAAACCAGUACACUCAGGUAUCGGCCGCUCUCAGUGCCGACCAGCAGGAGAAUGCGAGCCUGAAGGAGAAGAUCCGUCAGGCUAACGCUGCGGUCGCCCAGCUCAAGCCUGCCCUAGACAAGGCACGCUCAGAGGCGCGGCAACAAAAAGGUUUGGUGGCUAUUAACAAGAAGCAACUUGCAACCGUGGAGGGAGAGCGCGACAAGAUCCAGCUUGAGAUUGAUACGCUUUCCAAGGAGCAACCUGGGGCAUCCGAGGAAAGCGCCGCCGCCCCGAGCGAUGCUGCCGCCAUUACAAGCCCAGCUGAAUCGACGACAAGCCAGAACACCAACCCGUUCUUCAAGCGCACAGCUACCGGCUCUAGUGAAACCACUGGACUGUCGCCACAGAUCACUGGCGAUCAACAGCGCGCCUUUGAUAGCCUCUUUGGGCCCGCCUUUGCGUCGCCACCUGUGACUGCUACGCCGCCGCCGCCAGUUUCUUUCCGGGCCGAAUCUCAGCCCACUUCUGGUGUGCCUACGCCUUCGGUGUCCCCUCCCCCAUUCACUGCCGGGUCUGCAUUGGAACCCCCCGCUCCGGCGCAGUCUAGGCAGUUGACACCAGGUGGGUUGCCCUUUGGCGAGUCCCAUUCGGCAACCUCUUCGACAAUGGUCUCUCCACCAGGGAGCAGGUUUGGUGGCCAAGACACGCCCAGUCUAGGAAGUGCCUCGCAAGUGGCGGUCAGUGAUGCGGCGGGCCCUUCGCUUGCACAACCGGCAACCUCCCCGUUCGAUGAAGUCGAGGAGCCAAAUGAGCGGUUCCCCGAAAUCCCCGCUAUAACUGAACAACGUGCGGAAGACACUGUAUCGCCUUCCGAAGAAGAGAAACCUGCCGAAAGAAAGGACCUCAGCUUCGAUGAGUUGUUUGGUGGGCCUGCUCAUAAGCGAUCCAAGUCGCAGAAGGAAAAUGAUUUUGAAGAGGCGUUUGCUGUUUUGAAGCAGGGUCCUGGAGCGAACAAGACGAAUGGAGCACCGGCCGUUCCCGAGUCGGAGUUCCCGCCAAUCCGCGAAUUUGAUGAUGGUGAUGACAGCUCCGAUAGCGAAGCGCCGAUGGGCUUCGACGACAACUUUACUCCAGUCUUUCCCCCACAGAGCCAAGUCGCCGCUGCGCCCAAGCCCGAUGCUAUUGAGCCGUCUCAGCUGGCGGCAUUCCCGACCCCUGGCACCGCGACCACCCCCAGCCAGCCUCCUGCAGCAGAGUCGCAGUCGAGCCCCCCCAAUUACGACGAGACUGUGGGAAAGCAGGAGUCCGGAAGCAUGCCACCCGAGUUUAAUGGACUCUUGCCGACUCGAGAAGAUCCGACAACUGCCCCAGAUGCUCCUCACUCAGUAGAGUCAAGCACUGGGGCGCCGAUCGUGGGUGGGGAGGCACAGCGCGAUGGGUCGAAGGAAACCCAAGCUGCUCCUGAGGGAGCCAAGGCUGGCGCUUCUGACUUCGAGGCUGCAUUUGCAGGCCUAAACCUUGCGCCGGCAAAGGAAGCCGAAGAUGACGAAGAUGACUUUGAAGCACCCGAUAACGCAAGAAAUAACAUGGACUUCGAUUUCUCCUUCGACAGCCCAUCAGCGCAAAAGACAUCGCCCAACCCAGGAGCAGAUGCUGCUUCCUCGGAUUUCUUCGCUUUUGACAAGAAUGUGAGCUCCUCGCCUCCCGGCUCUGCCGUAUCGCCCGCUGAGCCCAACGCAAAGGCGCAGACUCACGACUGGGAGGCGUUGUUUGCUCCACUUGACAACGCCUCUGCUGCAGCCAGCGGAACCAAUGGGGCCGGCAGUGCAGGAGGCAGCAAGGAACCCGGCUGGGCUCUUCAGACAGGUACUGAAGACGACCAGAUCCUCCAGCGGUUGACUGGCAUGGGCUUCCCCAGAGAAGCAUCCCUUGAUGCUCUUGAGAAAUUUGAUUACAACAUUGACAAGGCAGUAGACCACUUGACUUCGAAGCCUUGAUCUGCAUCCAUAUCCUCUUUUCUUUACCAGUGCACAUAUUACUCUCUCAUUAGCCCUUCACUCGCUCUAGAACAUUUCCUUUCCCACUAAUCUCUCCCACCUCAUGUCUCCUUCCUUUUUCUUUCCCUUGAAUCAUGUGUGAUCCAGCUUGCAUGUCGUUAUUGCUGCAAUGUAUAUUCCUCUUCUUUCAGCGGUGUGCGCUUCACCCACAUCAAGGUAACCCUAUUAUGAUCUACCCAUAUUAUUAUUGCCCCAUGUAAUCUAGGACCACCUAUUGGAUUAGUUAUGAACGAGAACGAAGUGCUGAAGGACAACGGAUUAAGAAGAAAUGGGCGGCCAGAAUUAAGGGCGAGUGGCCGUGGACGAAUAUUUGUACAGGCAGACAUCCAGAGACUGUACUGUACCUCUUAUACUUCAUAUUAAACCCCUUAGCUAUCGCUUAGUCUAGUCACGAUAAUCCUCA